CCGAACGACACCAUCAACCAGAUUCAAACCGUUUCUUUAACCUGUGUUUUGUUUUUAUGUUAUUAUUAUUGUUUUGGUAAAAACUGAACUUUGUAGCUCUCUCUGCUUCUUUUUCGUCUUUUGGCGACAUUCAUGUCAAAGGGAAGUUCCGCUGGCCUCCGUGACUGAAUCUGGGCAAGUUCGGACCGAGCGUCUCAUCAUGGCGCCUCAAGAAGGGAAACUUUUGCGCUUUGUCUGGCCACUUUUGCUCAUCGCUGUCCAUCCGCUCUCGCUUGCGCGCGCCGAUCCUCCGCUCUAUUACGGGCAUGUGGUGGACGGGGCGCCGGCGGGGACUGCGGUGGCCGGACUCGUGCUGCCCGGUGGAGGCGCGUGCCGAGGCGCUUUGCGGGGCGAGCGCUCCGAGGACUUCUCUCUUUCUACGUCCGCGGACGGGCGCGGGCUCCUGCUGCGAUCCGCCAAAACUUUGGAGCGCGAGCUGAAAGCGAGCUACCUGCUGCACGCGCUCCUGCAGGGCUGCCCGGGCACCGGGGAUGCGGUGACCGUGCGCGUGGACGUGCUGCCCGGAGGCAGGCGGCGGAGGGAGGUGACCGGAGAGCCGCAUUACACCGUGGCGCUGGCGGAGGGCGCGAGACCCGGGGAUGCGGUGUUCACAGUGCCGGACGAGCGCUUCACUGAGCGGCGCUUCGAGGUACUGGCAGACGGCGGAGGAGCGGUGCGCGUGCAGCGGGACUCCGGCCGCGUGUACUUGGCGCGCGCGCUCACGGCGCCUACCUACGUUACGCUGAAAGUGCACAACGCCAGAGGUGAUGACUGGUACCUGUGCAGGCUGACUCUAACCCUGCCCAGUCUGUCUGACCUUCAGUGGGUGAUGUUUCCUCAGCCAUAUCUGGCCGCAGUGGGACCCGAUGCUGCUUCAGGCUCUGUGGUCUACAAGCUGGUGGCUCGACAUAGAGACGGCUCUCCAGGAGCAGCGCAGUUCCUUCUGGUGGAUGGUGGAGAGGACUGUUUCGAGGUGGACAGAAGUUCAGGAGAAGUGAGGACUACAGGCCGGCCGCUGACCCCCAGCAGAGAGUACAUUCUGACCGUGCAGGCAGUGGAUACACAAGGCAGGAAGGGCUCUCAUGCCUCAGUUGCCAUAUUUGCUGGCUUCCGUCCACCCCAGUUUACCAACACAUCCUACUCCAUAUAUGUCCCAGAGAGCACUGCAGUGGGCCAAGCGGUGGCUGUGGUCCAGGCGAUCUCCUUCCAGAGGAAGACUCUGUCCUACAUGCUGUUGGUGAACCCAGGAAACCUAUUCAGUAUAAACCAGGAGAGCGGGGCACUGAGCCUGACUCGGGCAGUCGACUACGAGAGUGGACCCCACCUUCACCACCUGCAAGUCAGAGCCUCCGAGCCAGACACGGGCCUCAACAACAUAGCAGAGGUAGCAGUACACAUCACCGAUGAGAACGACUGCACUCCCGAGUUUAUGCACUCUAUCUACAGCAGAGACAACAUCCCUGAGUCUACUCCACCUGGAACCUCUCUACUGCAGGUGCUGGCCAGAGACUGUGACACUGGUCUGAAUGCAGAGAUCUCCUACUUCAUCCAGAGUCUGGACUUCAGUGUCUCGGCCCAGGGGGUGGUGAGUCCCAGCAGGAAGCUUGAUUACGAAAGGCCCAAUCACAUGUACGAGUGUGUGGUGGUGGCUGUGGACAAGGGCACACCCGCUCGAACCGGCACCGCCUCCAUCCGCAUCCGCAUGGCCAACGUCAACGAUGAGGCGCCUGUUUUCUCCCAGACUGUUUAUAAGACGUUUCUCUCUGAAGAUGCUGGUCCUGAGACUCUGGUGGCCAUUGUGCAUGCCAAGGACCCAGAUGGGGAUGGAGUGACGUAUGCUAUCACUGGGGGCAACGAGGACAGCAACUUUGAGCUGGACAACCAGAAGGGCAUAAUCAAACUACGCCGCAGCCCUCCGCCUAGACUGCGCGGGCCACAGUACGUCCUCAACGUCACUGCAACCGAUGACAACUUGGCUGGCGGCCCACUGCCCCUCAGCAGCUCUGCCCAGGUCAUCGUUGGCAUCAAUGACAUCAACAACAACAAGCCUGUGUUUGAGGAGUGUCAUAAUUAUAGUUUGAACACUCUGGUGCUGGAGAACCAGCCGCCGGGCACUGUGGUCCUGCGGGUACAAGCUCAUGAUGCUGACACUGGGGUUAAUGGAGAGGUCAAAUAUGGAAUCAUGCAGAGAGACGGAGCCUCACCUGGCUUCACCAUCGAUCCUGACACAGGGGUGAUCAGCACGGCUGUGAGUUUUGACCGUGAGCGGCAGAGAGAAUACACAUUGUCCGUCACGGCCACAGACCAGGCCGAGGAGCCGCUCAUCGGCAUCUGCCAAAUCACCGUCCUCAUCGCUGACCAAAAUGACAACGACCCCAAAUUUGAGAACAGCCGUUACCAGUACUUCCUGAGAGAGGACACCCCGGUGGGCACCAGCUUUCUGCGAGCGGCGGCCCAUGAUGAUGAUCAGGGCACCAAUGCAGCCAUCACUUACUCCCUGUCCCACCAGAACCCUGCUUACUUCCACAUUAAUCCCAGCACAGGAUGGGUCUACGUCAACCACCCUAUCUCACAGACAUCACGAAUCAGUCAGCAGAUCAUUGCCACAGAUGGAGGAAACCGCAGCAGCUCAGUGGACCUCACUGUCAUCAUCACGAAUGUGCACAACCAGCCACCGCAGUGGGAACAGGCUGAGUACUGGGUCACCAUCCCUGAAAACACCGUCCGUGACAGUAAAAUAGUGACCAUAAAAGCCACCUCUCCUCUGGGUGACCCGCGUGUGACCUAUAACCUGGAGGAGGGUCAGGUGCCUGAGACUAACAUGCCCGUGCGUUUUUACAUCAAGCCCAACCGGAGGGAUGGCUCAGCGUCCAUCCUGGUAGCUGAGCCGCUGGACUACGAGAACACACGCUUCUUCACCCUACGUGUUCGUGUGCAGAACGUAGCAGCAGUGCCACUGGCAUCGUUCACCACAGUCUACGUCAAUAUCACAGACGUGAAUGACAAUGUUCCGUUCUUCAUGUCGAGCACGUAUGAAGCCACAGUGCCCGAGGGAGCUGAGAUAGGCACUUCAGUGAUCCAGGUCUCGGCCUCUGACCUGGACUCUGGCCCCCAUGGCAAGAUAAAUUACAUCAUUCUAAAGGACCAGAGUGGAGACUCUCAGUUCUUCAGCAUUAACUCCUACACAGGGGUCAUCCACACCCGGGCCACCUUUGACCGUGAACAGAAAAGCUCUUACCUGAUCGAGGUCCAGUCCCAGGAUGGCUCAGAGUCGGCCCGCCCAGGGCAGCAGGGCCAGCCAAACACAGACACGGCCUACGUGAGAAUUUUUGUCACGGACGUGAAUGACAAUGCUCCAGCCUUCUCUCAGCCCGUGUACGAGAUCAGCGUGGAGGAGGACAAGGAAGUUGGCUACAUAGUCAUUACCGUCACUGCUAACGAUGAAGAUGAAGGUGCUAACGCCAAACUGCGCUACCAGAUAACCGCAGGGAACACCAUGGGCACCUUCGAUGUGGAGCCAGAGGUUGGCACCAUAUUCAUUGCCCAGCGGCUAGACUACGAGCGAGUGCAGCGCUAUGAGUUACGACUGGUGGCGUCAGAUGGAAAAUGGGAGAACCAGACAAUAGUAAUCAUCAACAUCAUCAACCAAAACGAUGAAGCACCCAUCUUCAGCCAGACAGAGUACCAUGCCAGCGUGAUGGAGGAGCUGACUGAGCUGCCUGUGUUUGUGCUUGAGGUCACAGCCACCGAUCCAGACCAGGAGGCAGACCAAAGUGCAGUGCGGUAUUCACUGCAUGGACAGGGUGCUGGGAGUGAGUUCACUAUAGAGGAGCUCAGCGGGAAAAUUUAUGCUCAAAAGAGGCUUGAUCGAGAGGAUCGUUCCACCUGGAGGUUUCUAGUGCUGGCCACUGAUGAGAACGGUGCUGGCCUGACUGGCUUUGCUGACGUCUUGGUGGAGGUGCAGGACAUCAAUGACAAUUCCCCCGUCUUCCUGUGUGCCUCAGAUGGUUGCUUUGUGGGCCAUGUGCCUGAGAACUCUCCAGCUGACACUUCCAUCAUGGAGAUGCGAGCCACUGACCUGGAUGACCCUAAAGCUGGCAAGAACGCUGUCCUCACUUACAGGAUUGUUCAGAAUGUCCGUAACGAGAUCAAUCUGAACCUGUUCUCCAUCAACCCGGCCACAGGCACCAUCUACACAGUGUUGCGCUCCCUAGACAGGGAGGUAGAAGACCGUUACCUGGUAGUUGUGGAGGCCAGGGAUGGAGGAGGCCUCUCUGGAACUGGAACAGCCACUAUUGUUGUAUCUGAUGUGAAUGAUCACCCCCCUGUGUUUACGCAGAGGGUCUACAUGGCCACCAUGGCAGAGGACCUGGAUAUCAAUAGUGAGGUGCUAGCAGUGGCUGCCACAGAUGGGGAUGAGGGAGAGAACUCUGUAAUGACCUUUAGCAUUGUGGGUGGAGAUGAUGACCGCAAGUUCUUCAUCGAGACGGAUAAGGUGAACCGGCGGGGAAUAGUGCGGCUGAAGAAGAAGAUCGAUUUUGAGAAGCCCCAUGAGCGCACCUUCAAUCUCACAGUCAAAGUGGAGGAUGCAGACUUCUUUAGCCUGUCCUACUGUGUCAUCCAAGUGGAAGACUCUAAUGACCACACACCUGUCUUCUUCCCCCAGUUCUACGAUGUAGGGUCCAUGUUUGAGGACGUACCUGUUGGCACCAUUGUGGCCCAGGUGACUGCCGUAGACCUGGACUCAGGACAAAAUGGAAGGUUCUCUUACAGUAUUGCCCCAGAAUCUGACCCCUUUCAGCAGUUCCUGGUGGAUAAGAAUGGCUGGGUGGUGGUAGCAGACUCUUUGGACAGGGAGAAGGUGUCUCAGCACAGGCUGAUGGUUCUGGCCACAGACAUGGGCAGCCCUGCUCUGACAGGUUCUGCCAUUGUACUGGUUACUGUACAAGACGUCAAUGAUAACGGACCAGAGUUUGAGGCUCCAUACCAGCCCAUUGUGUGGGAGAACACUAUUGCACCACAGGUCGUCCGUAUGAACGACACUUCCAUUCUGCUCCACGCCAUCGACAGAGACACCUCGCCUAAUGGAGGGCCUUUUUCCAUACGCCUGCUGAUGCUCACCUCAGACGUCACAAACUUCAACCUGACUGAUCUGCGAAAUGGCAGUGCCAUGAUAACAGCCCUGCGCACCUUCGAUCGGGAGCAGCAGAAACAGUACCUCCUCCCCAUUCUGAUGAUUGACAGCGGCUCUCCUCCAAUGAGCUCCACCAGCACACUGACUGUCAUAAUUGGGGAUAGGAAUGACCAUCCGCAUGCACCUGGACACUCUGAGUUCAUAGUCUACAACUAUGAAGGUACUCUCCCCACGACUGUACUUGGACAAGUUCAAUCCCCUGACCUUGACGACUGGAGCGAAAAGGUUUACAAAUUUGAAGGCAAACCCCCCAGACAGUUCAUUCUGAACCAGAGCAGUGGUCAGUUGAGUAUCAAGGGUGGCACCCUGGCCGGCUCGUACAGUCUACAGGUGCGGGUGACAGAUAAGAUUUGGCCUGACGUCACCUCCACAGCUCAGGUGAAGGUCAGGGAGCUGAAGGAAGAGGCCCUGCUCAACGCUGGCUCACUUCGGUUCUCCAAUCUGACAGCAGAGGAGUUGUUCCGGAUAUCUGAUGGCAGGGAAAGUCUUUACGAGCAUCUGCAGCGUCUGCUGUCAGAGCUGUUGCAGACGGACUUGGAGAAGGUGCACAUCUUCAGCCUGGCCAGCGGCACUCAGCCCAACCAGCAGCACCUCAGCGUGUGGUUUGCUGCUCAUGGCUCUCCCUACUACAAGCCUGAGAAACUCCAUGGCAGUGUGGCCAUGCACAAGGCCAAGUUGGAGUCAGCUCUGGGUGUGACUGUUCUCCAGGUGGGGGUGAAUGAAUGUGCGUACACAGACUGCAGUCACGCGGGUGGCUGUUCCAGCAGGGUGACGUUCAGUGACACUCCUUCUGUUCUGAACAGUGGAAAUGCCUCUCUGGUGUCUGUCUCAGCUACAGCCAGCGCUCAAUGUGGCUGUCUGGCCAGGGAGAGCCAGCAUCUGUCCUGCUCAUCCUACCCCCGCAGCCCCUGCCUCAAUGGGGGUACAUGCGUGGACAGCGAGAUGGGCUACAGGUGUAAGUGUCCCCCCAUGUUUGAUGGGCCAGAGUGUCAGCAGACCAAGCACACAUUUCUUGGAGAUGGCUACGCCUGGUUCCCACCCCUAAGGCCUUGCUUCCAGAGCCACAUCUCUCUGGAGUUCAUCACGGAGGCAGCCAACGGCCUGCUGCUCUACAACGGCCCUCUCGGCGUCCUCCAGCCUGGAGACAAAGAAGACUUCAUCUCACUUGAGCUGAAGAAGGGUGUUCCAUUGCUGAGUGUUAAUCAUGGUUCAGGCACUCUCACUCUACAGCUUCCUCCUCAGGCCUCCGUCAACGACCGUCGCUGGCAUCGUCUCGACAUCAUCAGCGAUGGCAAGGAAGUGCAGCUGGUCCUGGAUCACUGCUCGGGGGCCAUGGUGAAUGAAGUGGAGGGUUUAGGAGUGGAGGUUUUUGAAACAGACCAAUCAGUGUGUAAAGUAUCUGCAGACACGCCAGGCAGUGAGAGAUUCCUGAAUGUGGAUCAGCCUCUGCAGCUCGGAGGAGUGAAGGAAACACAUCCCCUGCGUCGCACACACCCUCACUACAAAGGCUUUGUGGGUUGCAUCAGAAACCUGGUGGUGGACAGUCAGGUGUAUGACUUGGGCAGUGCGGCGGAGAGUGAGAACAGUGCCCCUGGGUGUGGACUGACCGAUGGAGUGUGUCUGACUGCAGGAGGGCCCUCCUGUGGCCUUCACGGGAAGUGCCUGGGGGAGUGGGGCUCCUUCAGCUGUGACUGCCACCCUGGCUACAGUGGACACAAGUGUGAGAAGGCUCUCCCUGAGUGGUCCUUUGAGAAGGAGAGCAUGCUGAGAUAUCAGUUGAGAGGAGGCGGGAGUCCACGGAGGACGCACGCUCAGCUCCUCCUUAGAACGCAUUCCUCCUCUGGCAAUCUGCUCAGCAUGAGCUCCCGCGACUCCAUUGAGUUUAUCAUACUGCAGAUAGUGGAUGGGUAUCUGAGUGUUAGUGCCAACCUGGGUGAUGGAGCCCACACCCUUAGACUGGGAAGCCAACGAGUGGACUGCGGCCAGUGGGUUAUGGUCAGUCUCCAUCGCCACGACAACAUGUUCAGCCUGCGGCUGGAGCAGGGUGGGGGGUCGCGAGAGGUCUCAGGAGUUCUUGGCCUCAAACGAGAGAUCGUGGUGCAUCCAUCCAGCGUUCUUCUGGGAAACAGUGCUACACAAAGCGCUCUCACAGACUUUCAAGGCUGCAUGCGUGAUGUACGGCUGAAUGGUCACUCUCUGCCGCUGGACGGUCAGAGUAGUGAGUUUGCCACAGUGCUGGAGCGACGCGGGGUGCAGGCAGGCUGCCACUCAGACGCCUGCAGCUCCAAACCCUGUCACAGCCCUCUGUACUGCGUAGAUCUUUGGAGGAAACACGAGUGCAGGUGUCCGGCUGGUCAGUUAGCUGUUGCUGAUGAGCUCACAGGGGUGGUGCAGUGCGCUGCUUCCCCAUGUGGCCCCUCCACAUGCCGGAAUGGAGGCACUUGUCUGGCUCACUCCACGAAAAGCUACCAGUGCCGUUGCCCGGAGGGCUUCAGGGGCCAGUGGUGUGAGCUGGGGCAGGCCAAAGCCCUGCGCCUCGCUGCACUCAGCCCCAGCUCCAUCCUCGCCAUCAGCAUGUGCCUGCUCGUCUUCUUCGCUGUGCUGGUGGCAGUGACCGUGUGGAACCAGAAGGGUAGUCGGAAUAAGUUCCGGAAACGUGGCGUAUAUCACAUCCCGGCGGAGCAUGAGAGCUGGGAGGACAUCCGGGAGAACAUCCUCAACUACAACGAGGAGGGUGGCGGAGAGCAGGACCAGAAUGCAUAUGACAUCACAGAGCUGAAGAGGCCGCUGUGCUCCAGCCUGUCUCAGUCUUCGUCCUGCACCACGGCUCCUCUCAUCAAGUCCUCUCAGGGCUCUCAGGAGGAGGUGCACCCGGGUGGGCCACUGACCUACCACCACAACCCGGGCUGCAGCACACACUGCGCCAUGGACUUUAAGAACUAUGUGGCACGCAUCAUCUGGGAGGCGGACAACGACAGCCUGGCCUUCCCCAUGGACACCUACCACGUUUAUUGCAUAGAGGGCGAGGGGUCCAGCCUGGGCAGCCUCAGCUCUCUCAGCUCCGCCAUCCCUGAGGAUGACUUCAGUUACGACUACCUGCGACACUGGGGGCCCAAGUUCGAGGGCCUGAGUGAGCUGUACCGUAGGCCGGAGCUGGCCCUCACUUACAGGGAUGCUGUCCAGAGCCAGAACCACAGCCAGAGCAAAAGCCUCGAGCAACUGCAGUAAGGUCGCUUUCACAGAGAUAUUUUGGUGUCCUUCAAAAAACAAAUUGGUGUCCGUUAGUGGUUUGUUGUGGACAGAGAUCAGUGUGAGCGUCAUUCAAAUCAUUCAACUAUGAAUGCUCAUAAAGAAAAACUGCUAGUGGUUGCUGGUUCUUACAGAAGUAAGUGAAACACGCAAAGCUCCUCUGGCCUGAGGCAUGAGCUUUUUCUUAUAGAUCAGGGGUGCCUAAACCUGGUCCUGGAGAUCUGCCCCUGAAGAGUUUAGGACCAACACACAGUUCCAUGGAAAAGUCAGAGGCCACUCUUCCUUUUGCAUAAUUUCCUGUCCAGUUGGAUUGUGAGAAGCAGAAAAUGCAACCAACUUCUAAGACAGAACUUUAGAAGUGUGGAAAAAUAUCCCUGCAGAGUCUCCUAAAAAGAAUGGAAGCUGUCGUAAAUGCAAAGAGUGGACACAGAAAAUUGUGAAUAUAAAGUAUAUUGUAUUUAGUUCUUCGUUUAUUUUGAUAUGUUUCUGCUUUUUUUCUUGUACUGGAAAAUAAGUAGCUUUUAUUUAAUGCUGUGGUUUUAAAGGGUGGUUUCUGACUUUUGCACACUACUAUACAUGGCUCUGAUAUUCAGAUGCUCUUGAAGGCCUUCAUUACCUGGAUCAGGUGUGUUAGAUUAGGGGCGGAACUAGACUCUACAGUGUGGUAGAUUUCCAGGACCCAGACUGGGCACUCCUGAUAUAGAUCUUUAGAGCUGGAUUGUACAGCUCUGGACGUGAACUGACACCAUUGAAUAGUUUCUCCUCUAACCUGCUCAACCUCCACAUGACUGGCUACAGCCCUGUCCAUCUCCUAUUGGCUGACACAUGCUCAGGUCAGAGUAUGUUCUGUCAAAAAUUCUCAUGCACUGCGUUGUUCGUAAGUGCAUUGUUCUCAAUGAAAGAGGUGUGUUUUUGACAGAAACCAAAAUGUCCUUGUGAAUGCUGCCUGACCCCACACGCCUGCCAGCGAGAGUUCCCAUCUUCCUGUGUGUGUUCUGUGUCCUUUAUUGAGUUCCAUUUACAGACUGAUGGCAAUCCGUCUUUUCCUUUGUGAAACUGCCAUGAAAGCUUUAAGACGAACAGAAGAAUGGAUGACAGAUGCUCUUUAUUUAUUCAGUUUCUCUCAGUGUGAACUGUUCAAGUGUACUGUAUUUAUUUUAGUCUUGAGAGAUGUUUUACACACGGAACAAAAGCCAGAGAAAAACUAUUUGCAUUUUUUUGCAUUGAGAAGCAUUUUCUGUGUCCAGUUACAUUCAUAUCUCCAGGAGGAGAGAACACAAACAGUCUUCGUUAUUCCAAGCAGAUGACCAAUCAGGGCGUAAGCAUGAUGUGCACCCUGUUUGUCACUAGUGAGAAAUACCUCAGCCCUAGUGAUGAGUCCUAUACUCCGUCCAUUGUCCAAAUUGGGGCUGUUAAGGCACCUUAAGACUGCAGUUGGAAGUCGGAAAGUCUGAUGCGGCAGUUCUGCACAAUUUGCUGUGCUAUACAGAACACUACAGUGGAUGAGCGUCUAUCAGUGGGUGAGCUACUUUUGCACACUGGUAUAAAUGCUGUCAUGGGUGUUCACUGUGUUGUUAUUUAGUUUUUUAAAAAAAAGGCUUUUUGCCAUUCUUUUCUUUCCCAUGUUGGGGUGUCCAAAUGGAUCUUUUCUGACACCUCAGUCUGAUGCAUUUAAUCCACUUCCAUUCUUUUUAACAAGCCCUCGCCAUUUUCCCUCAGAGAAUCUUGGAGAGUGAACAUACGUUUCAGCUUUAGCUUGAUUUAGGAAUUAAAUUUGCUUGGGUUCCUGUGGUCAUUUCUUUUACAGGUGCUACUCUGUCAUUUUAUUACUGUCCAGAAUGGCCAUGUCUGUUUUUCUAUUUCCUCAUUUUAGAACAUUAUAGGCCAAACAUUCUAUGUAGUGAUGGUGGACAUGGAGAUGGUUGGUGUGAAAGUAGAGGAGGCAGUGGAUAGGGCAAGAUGGAGGCAGAUGAUCCGGUGUGGCGACCCCUAAAGGGAGCAGCCGAAAGAAGAAGAUAGGCCAAACUUUCUACUGUUUUCCAUUUAACUCAGCUGUGACCUGAUCAUGUUAGCCCCAUCCAGAUACACAUCUCCUUGUGAAUGCUGCUGUUCACCAUAUUUAACUAAAUGAAUCAGAAUGGAACUUUAGGUGGCAGACCAUGCCCAGAACUUAGGCUUUAUCUGACACAUUUCACGACAAAGCUGUUUAUAAGCCAUAUUUUAAACAUUGAUUUGCUGUGUUCAGAGUGGGUUUUCACGUAGCAAACUACUCCAUCUGUUACGCAUGACUACACAGUAUCUCACAAAAGUGAGUACACCCCUCACAUUUCUGCAAAUAUUUUGUUAUAUCUUCAGGGUGCAACACUGUAGAAAUGAAACUUGGAUAUAACUUGGUCAGUUUGCAGCUUGUAUAGCAGUAUAGAUUUACUGUCCUCUGAAACUCAACACUCACCCAUUAACACACAGCCUUUAAUGUCUGAAUAGCUGGCAACACAAGUGAGUCCACCUCACAGUGAACAUGUCCAAAUUGUGUCCAGUUGUGUUGUUGUCACUCCCUGGUGUCAUGUGGCUCGUUAGAGUUACAAAGUUCCAGGUGUGAA